AUGUCCGUCUCACCAUAUUCCGUCCAACAUGACUUUGAAGUCCAAGAAUACAAUAAACGUCGCGCCGUGUGGAAGCAGUCCGAGAAGGUUCGCAAACAACAGGAGAAGCUCCUCAGAGACCAGGCCAAGCAGGACCGAAAAGCCGCAUUGAAGCAGCUGGCCGUGGCGGAAAAAGGUAUUUUGCAUCGAUCCCCCGGGAUGGUUAUCGCGCAUUUGCUGAGAACCACAGACACGGCAAAGCCUCGAAAACCCUUUGGGUGGCUGUCUCGGAAAAGCCCUUCAAACACCGACGCCUUCGUGGCGGAGGACAAACUCGAUGUCGACAGUGACUCGGAUGAAAUUACUCUGCAUGAAGCGCUGGGCGUGUGA